AUGAGUACAUCAACGUCCAAAUAUCCCACCCCCGAGGAUCUCAUUGGACGGCGGAAACGAACCGGGAUUUUGGAGAUCAGUCUCGGUCGUAUGAUUCCGUGGAAGAACCCAACCGGCGGUCCGAGGGACGGGUUCACGACGGCGCCCACGCAAACGACGCCCUGGCUCGUCCACGACACAGCCCAGGUCGACGUCACGCACCUGUUUUACAACGACAAGGGCCUUGCACUCCCGCGGGCCUCGUACACCUUUCCGCUCCCGCACGGCUGCACCGUCGUGGGAUUCUCAUGCCGGAUCGGACGUGACAGGGUGUUACAGGGCAGAGUCAAGCCCAAGAGGGAGGCCCGUGAGGCCUUCGAGCGAGCCACGAGCGAGGGCGAAACGGCGGGACUGCUGGACGAACAGACGCCCGAGAUCUUUACCGCCACUCUGGGCAACAUUCCGGCCCGUGCCAGGCUCAAAUUCAGCAUCUCCUGCAUUGUCCUCCUGAAGUACGACUAUGUUGAUGGAUCAUCCGGCUUAACCACCUUCACUCUUCCCGUGUACAUUGCCCCGCUCUUUGGGAUGCCGUCCCCUGGCCUCUUCCGGGCCCUGGACACUUCGGCCAGCCUCAACAGGCUCUCGAUCGAAGUCGACGUGCUGGCCCCCGGAGCCAUCUCGUCCGUCACCUGCCCGUCCCAUUCCGACGCCGAGAUCGAGAUUGGAGCAGUCAGGAGAGCCUGCCAGACCUGGCGGGAGUUUGCACAGUCACAAGGCCAGCGCCAGGAUCCCGAUCCCCGAACCGCAUUUAUCCGCCUACCCGAGAUGGUCGCCCAGCUCGACAGGGACUUUGUCGUCGAGAUCCGCACGCAGCCCGAGGCGGGCCUCGAGACGCCGCAGGCCUGUCUCGAGCGCCACCCUCAGUGGGACGGCCACACGGCCGUGAUGCUCACCAUACCGUCGCGGCUGAUGCUGGGCACCACGGCUACCGCGGCGGCCCACGCGGAUGGCCAGGGCGAGAUCAUCUUCGUCGCUGACCGGUCGGGGUCGAUGGGGGACAAGAUCGCGGCGCUCCGGUCGGCCAUGGAGUUCUUCCUCAAGGGGAUCCCGACGGAGAGGUCCUUCAACAUCCACUGUUUCGGAUCAAACCACGAGUCCCUGUGGGCACGCCCCACGGCGUACUCGGCUGACACUCUGCAGACGGCGCUCGGCUACGUCAGCCAGCACUUCCGCGCCGACAUGGGCGGCACCAGCCUGCUGCCGGCGCUCAAGGCCGUCGUCGCGGGGCGGGACAGGGGACGCACCACUGACGUCGUGGUGCUCACGGACGGCGAGGUCUGGGACCUGGACGAGACGCUGCGCUUCGUCCGGGAAGCGAGGGCUGCCAGCGAGAACCGCCUUCGCUUCUUUGCUCUGGGCAUCGGCGCGGCCGUGUCUCAUGCCCUGGUCGAAGGCAUUGCCAGGCUCGGCGGGGGGUACGCCGAGGUCAUCCCGGCAGCGAGCAGUGGUGGAUGGGACUCGCGCGUCGUUGCCGUUUUGGAGGCCGCGUUGACGGGACAUAUUGGGCCCAUCGGUGUCGAUGUGGAGGUACAUGGAUCUGAGGAAAUGCAGCACGUUACGACUGGUGAAAGGUCCACUGCCACACCCAAUAACUACGCCAAUUCAAGACUCAAGAUGAUGCAGUCCCCCGCGGCCGUCUCCUCCGUAAGCCCAUUUCUCCGGAACCGCGUCUUCUUCCUGUUCGAGUCGCUCCCCUCUGCCGCGCACCUUUCCUGCCUCCGCCUGCGAGCGACGCGGCCCAGCGGUGAAGAAAUCACUGAGCAGGUCCCCAUCAGAGUUCUCAGCGCUCCUGGCACCGCAAUCCACAAGCUCGCUGCCCGCGCCCUGCUGGGCGACCUGGAGCGCGGUCAAAGCAUUAUCCACUUGGCGGAUGGUGGCCCGACACUGGGGCCGUUGGCCACACAAAAAGCCGUCAUGGCGGAGGGCAAGCGGCUGGGGUGUAAGUGGGAUCUGGUGUCCAAGUGGACAAGCUUUUAUGCCACCGAAGAUCGUUUCCAACCACCACCGGAUAGAGGUGGUUACCCAGAGCGAGCCCGGGCUGCUGAGGGCGAGGGCCACGACUAA